AUGAAAUUAGCAAGUCCAACUUUUCAUUUGAGUCAAGAGAACAAUGCCGAAUUGGCUGAAAUCGGCCAAUGUCUGAAAUACACCCCCUACAUGAUUGAUUCCAAUAUGAUUCUAACAUCUCCCUUGCAUUAAACCCUAAGUAGUUCAACUAUCACUUUGGAUCAAGUACUGCCUGCAAGAUUGGAGAACUACAUGAUGACAACCAUCGAACAAGAUUAAAAUCUCCCGGAUUACAUUUCAAAUUUGUCACUCUAUGAGAUCCUCAAUCAAAUUCGCUAUGAUCAAAUACUUCAAUUUGCCAAGCCUCUGGUGAUCGAACAACAGGAGUAGAAAUAAUUCCAAAUAAUCAACACGCAAUCUAAUAAGCAAAUUGGGUUCCAACAAAAAAAGACAGAUGGACUACUUUCCAAUUAGAUUUUCAAUAGCAAAAUCAACAACACCAGAUCAAUUAGUCCAUAACCAAUGAGUACAAUCAUCAACAAGACUCAAUCCAAAACACUAUCACAAAAUCCCUUCAUCCAAGCAGAAUCUCAAUUCAUGAAUGAUUAAUUUAUGAACAUCAACCCCAAUCUGUCCAACAUGAGCAGCAAUAGCAUAUUGAAUGAUACACCUUAAAGCAAUUAACAUCAUCAAUUGAAUAAAUGGACUGACAAAUCUAAAGAAAAGAUUCUAUUCUAAGAUAAUUACAUGAUAGAAGAAGAAACCACAAAACAAGUUAAACAAAAUACAAUAAUAAUUAAGAAAAGUGAGGAUCCUUAAUUUUUUUAGCAAUUGAAAAACGCUAGAGUUGCAUCUCCAGCCAUAAGAUAAGUUAAAGGAUCAGGUUUAUCACCAGAACCUUAUAAUUAGAGUAAGUCCAAAUCUCCAGAAGUAAUAUAGGUGAAUAUGACCAACCACUAUAAAAAAACGGAAGGAGGUCAAAAUAUGAAGUAGUAACCUUAAUAAUAACAAUAACAAUAAUAAUAACAAUAACAACAAGCAAUAAAAAAACUGCCUGAGUAAUUUAAGAAGUUACUGACUGAAAGUACUAAAAGAUAAAAUGUAACUAAAGCAUUUGACUAAAAUAAUACCAAAUUUGCUCUUAUUUCAUCUGGUACAACUACGCAAUAGAAAUAUCCGAAACAAACAAAAUAAUUCGCAUUCCAAGAUUCUCUCAAUGAUAAUCAAAUGAAGGUUGUUCAAAGUGAAAAGUAAUUCACUCCACGAGUAAAUGAAUAAGAACAAAUCAAUUAGGACUUUUAGAUGAUGCUUAGUGAGUAAUAGUAAUCACUCCCAAGAAGCAAGAGUUAAAAUAAAAAAUAGGAUGAGAAAUAGAAUGACAAUAUUCACUAAUAGCAUCAAAAUUUUAAAGAUCAAUUCUCCUUUAAAGCCUAAUAGUAUAGGUAGGAAUAGCCUCAACAAAUCAUCUAAUAACAAGUUGUGGAAUCAAGAUCGAUUAGAGGAAUUUCACCCCAAAAUAGGUCCAUUCAAUAGCAAUUUAAGCAACAAUCUACACUCAUCCAAUAACCUCCAGUACCACCUAAUCAACAGAAGGAACCAAUACAGAUAAAAUUGGACAUCAAGUAAUUCAUGAGCUCGAACAGACCGAAGGAUCAAUAGCGAUCCAUAAGUCCAAUUUAUAGUUAGAGAUAACAAAUAGGAGUGACUAAUGAAAACGGGAGAUCGUAUUUUGUCAAUUUGAAUUUUUAGAAGUGA